AUGAAGAUGACUCAUCAGGAACAAUCAGUUAAGGAUUACUAUUCCUUCGGAUGCAGAAGAGAGGAAGGAAGAGAGAAAACUCGAAGUGCAACAAAAGAAGAAGAUACUGAAAAUGAUGCAAGAAAUUUCGGACUGCGUAAUCAAGUCGAUAUAAACGAAUUAGAAUGGGAACCUCUACGGAUGAGCGGUAUCCUGAAAACAAACUUCUUUUUACCCCAUCUUAAUCUAUUUGUCACCUUGUUAAUCCUUGGAUAUUUGGUCAAGCACCUUCUUUGGAUAAAUCACUUAUCAUUAACAAAUGCUUCCUUAGUGAUCUUAAGAAGGAUUAAUUUCGAAGUAGCUUGUCGGGGAAGAAAUGGUAGAACUGAAGCAUAA